UCAUGUAGCACCACCGGUCGCUACGUUACUUCCGGUGAAGGUCGAAUAUAGAAGGGGCUGGCGGGACAACCGCGGUUCAAUUUUUUGGGUUUUGUGAGGUGAAUCCGGCGGUAAUCGGAGCCAUCAGAACCGCAAACAUGACGGUGGGCAAGAGCAGUAAAAUGUUGCAGCACAUCGACUUCAGGAUGAGGUGCAUCCUGCAAGACGGUCGCAUCUUCAUCGGCACCUUCAAGGCAUUUGACAAACAUAUGAACCUGAUCCUGUGUGACUGUGACGAGUUCAGGAAGAUCAAGCCCAAGAACUCUAAGCAGCCAGAGCGAGAGGAGAAGAGAGUUCUGGGACUGGUCCUGCUGAGGGGAGAGAAUCUGGUGUCCAUGACUGUGGAGGGACCACCCCCUAAAGACACCGGCAUCGCUCGUGUUCCUUUGGCAGGUGUGGCAGGCGGUCCAGGUGUGGGUCGGGCGGCAGGUCGUGGCAUUCCGGCUGGUGCACCGAUGCCUCAGGCUCCUGCUGGACUGGCGGGGCCUGUGAGGGGUGUGGGCGGACCGUCGCAGCAGGUGAUGACCCCGCAAGGCAGAGGCACCGUCGCCGCAGCCGCUGCUGGCGCAAGCAUUGCUGGAGCGCCCACGCAGUAUCCACCUGGACGAGGAGUCCCGCCCCCAAUGGGCCGUGGCGCCCCGCCUCCUGGAAUGAUGGGACCACCCCCUGGAAUGCGGCCUCCCAUGGGACCUCCAAUGGGUAUGCCUCCUGGCAGAGGAGCACCAAUGGGGAUGCCCCCUCCAGGCAUGAGGCCGCCUCCCCCUGGCAUGAGAGGACCACCACCUCCUGGCUUGAGACCACCUCCCCGUCCUUAAAAAGGAAGCGCAUCCACUGUAUAGAUUUUUUUUUUUUUUUACAAUUUUUUCAAAUAAAGUUACCGGUUUUCUUCAUGCUGGGCUGAUUGUCACCGUGGUAACGGGUUCAAUAAAUGUGUCUAAAAA